AUGCAUCGCCAGCAGCAGCAGCAGCACGAGGUGACGGCGGGCGCUCGGAGGCACGGCCGGGAGCAUGCCAACGGAGGCCACAGAGCGGCGGCCGAGAUGCCGGCUGGCGGUCACCGCGCGGAGCGGGCAGAGAGGCCAGCCGGGCACCGCGUGGAGCGGGCCGAGAUGCCGGCCGGCGGCCACCGCGCGGAGCGGGCAGAGAGGCCAGCCGCGCACCGCAUGGAGCGGGCCGAGAUGCCAGCCGGCGGCGGUCACCGCGCGGAGCGGGCAGAGAGGCCAGUUGGGCACCGCAUGGAGCGGGCCGAGAUGCCGGCCGACGGUCACCGCGCGGAGCGGGCAGAGAGGCCAGUCGGGCACCGCAUGGAGCGGGCCGAGAUGCAGCAUGCCACCCACCACGCCACGGAACGGGCGGGCGACGCUCGGAGGACUACGACUACAGCUGCGGCUGAGAUGCCCGCGUGGCAGACGACGGAGCGAAAGAAGAGCCUCGAGAGCCUCCUCGAUGCCGCGGGGGACGCGCGCGGCAGGCAGCAGCAGCAGCACCACCACCACCACCGCGGCGGCGGCGGUGGCCAAGUCCCCGUACGGCCGCCAGUGCCGGUCCCUGGGGAGAAGGUGAUCAACUUCCCCGGGCAGGGGCUGGAGUUCAAGGAGCUGUCCUACAGCGUCAUCAAGAAGCAGAAGAAGGACGGGGUGAAGGUCAAGAAUGAGGUGUACCUGCUCAACGACAUCUCCGGCCAGGCGCUCCGCGGCCAGGUCACCGCCAUCCUUGGGCCCAGCGGCGCCGGCAAGUCCACGUUCCUCGACGCGCUCGCUGGCAGGAUCGCCAAGGGAAGCCUCGAGGGGUCCGUCAGCAUCGACGGGCGAUCGGUGACGACGAGCUACAUGAAGCAGAUUUCAUCCUACGUGAUGCAAGAUGAUCAGCUGUUCCCCAUGCUCACGGUGUUGGAGACGCUGAGGUUUGCGGCCGAGGUCCGCCUGCCUCCGUCGCUCUCCAGGGCUGAGAAGCUCAAUCGGGUCUGGGAGCUCAUUGAGCAGCUGGGUUUACAGACAACAGCUCACACAUACAUUGGCGACGAGGGGAUACGAGGUGUCUCUGGCGGGGAACGCCGUAGGGUGUCGAUUGGCACUGACAUAAUCCAUAAGCCAUCUCUGCUGUUUCUUGAUGAACCCACCUCUGGUCUUGACUCCACCAGUGCAUACAGUGUGGUAGAUAAAGUGAAAGAAAUUGCAAAGGGGGGAAGCAUUGUGCUAAUGACAAUUCACCAGCCAUCUUUCAGGAUUCAGAUGCUUCUCGACAGAAUAGUCAUCCUCGCAAGAGGAAGGCUAAUCUAUCUAGGAAGUCCUAUCACACUCCCCGCACAUCUUGCUGGAUUUGGCCGACCUGUACCUGAUGGUGAGAACAGCAUCGAGUACCUCCUGGAUGUCAUCAAGGAGUACGAUGAAUCAACGCUUGGACUCGAGCCUCUAGUUGCCUACCAGAGGGAUGGCAGCAAACCUGAUGAAGCUGCCAAGACACCAAUACCCAAGACACCAAGAACACCACACCAGAAAUCAGUGCAGUUCCGACAGAUGCAGCUCAAGAGCAACCAGUUUUCGGUCACAACCGGAACACCUCAUGCUAAUACUUUCUCAAACUUCGAGUCCUAUAACAUCGAUGACGAGGAGGAAGAAUUCGACAAUUCUCUUGAGAGAAAGUCACAUACACCCUUGCAUACCGGAACCUCAACCUACCAUCCAAGGCUUGCAUCACAGUUUUACAAGGAUUUCUCAGUCUGGGUUUACCACGGUGUCACAGGGACGCCCCACCUUUUCAAGCCGGAGGAACCAAGCUAUCAUGAGUACCAGCUUGAACUGGAACCACCACUAGAUGCUCCUCAGGAUGGCCCCAAGUUUGCUAAUCCUUGGCUCAGGGAGGUCGCUGUGCUCUCAUGGCGUACUGCUCUGAACGUGGUGCGCACGCCGGAGCUAUUCCUCUCCCGGGAGAUUGUCCUCACAGUUAUGGCACUCAUUCUUUCGACCCUGUUCCACCGCCUCAGUGAUUCCAACUUCACAACCAUCAAUCGCCUCCUCAACUUCUACAUCUUUGCAGUCUGCCUUGUCUUCUUCUCCUCCAAUGAUGCUGUUCCCACAUUCAUCCAGGAGCGCUUUAUCUUCAUCCGGUUCACCUUUGCAGUCAUCACAAAGUACAUGCUCCAUUUACGAAGCAACCUGGUUAACUUUUGGAUCAUCCUGCUUGCAUCACUUAUAACAACCAAUGCAUAUGUGAUGCUGGUCAGUGCACUUGUUCCAAGCUACAUCACUGGAUAUGCUGUCGUGAUUGCGACAACAGCUCUCUUCUUCAUCACUUGUGGAUUCUUCCUGAAGCGGACGAUGAUCCCUAUGGCAUGGAGGUGGCUCCACUAUAUCUCUGCCAUAAAAUAUCCAUUUGAGGCAUUGCUUGUGAAUGAGUUCAAAGGAGACCAUUGCUAUGUUGGCACACAAAAUCAACUUUCACCUGGACCUCUGGGGCAAGUCAGUAACCUGAAUGCCACCUCAGCGACAUGCCCCUGGUAG